AUGUUCUGUCUUCGUUCAAGGGUCAUGCCCUCACUCCGGACUCCCGUGUCCAGCACAAUGAACAGAAUCUCCCAAUUCACACAACAACCAACAUCCAGAUCAUUCUCCUCCCUCCUCACCACCCCAACCCGCACCUUCCAACCAAUGCAGCGCUCGUUCCCGACUACGCCUGCUACCCCCACUACAAUGACCACUGCCACUCCCUCCAUUACGUCCCUUCUCGCCCAGCAGUCCCUCGGUCAGAGCCAGACCCGCUCGUUCUCUGCGUCUGCUUCCCUCGGCGUGCGCCGCGUGACUUUCCGGCCGUCGCGACGUGUUCAGAAGCGGCGUCAUGGGUUCCUGUCGCGGAAUAAGACACAGAAGGGUCGUCAGACUAUUAAUCAUCGCCGUUUGAAGGGACGGAAGAAUGUUAGUUGGUAG